AUGGCACCAAAAAGGAAACCAACGGACUCCUCAAACUCCUCCGCCGCCGCCGCCGCCGCCAGUGUUACCCGGCGCUCCCCCCGCCUGGCGAACAUCACGGCCUCGCCGCCUGCAGCGGAGCCUAAGCCGCUCCAGAUUAAGAAAGCCAAAAUCAAACCCGCCCCCGUUCCUGCCGCGGAGGAAGAAGGUGGUGCAGCCAAGUCCCCUCCGUCUCCGGCGAAAGAAGAUCCUGAGCCGGAGUCUGCCGACAGCUCGAAAACCAUCAUCAUCGAGCACUGCAAACAGUGCAACUCCUUCAAGACGAGGGCUAUUCAGGUCAAGGUUGAGCUGGAGAAGGAGGUCAGCGGGGUCAAGGUGGUGGUCAACCCGGAGAAGCCCAGGAGGGGCUGCUUCGAGAUUCGCGAGAAAGGUGGGGACAUUUUCGUCAGUUUGCUGGAUAUGAAGAGGCCCUUCAAGCCAAUGAAGGAUUUGGACAUGGGGAAGGUCAUCUCUGACAUUGUUGAAAAGAUCAGAUGA